UUUACAAUUCUUCGGUUCCUCUCGUAUCCUUGACGUUUCAUUGUCAUUUUCCCUUUUCUUUUUGUGGGAAAAAGAAAUUCUUUUGAAACACUUUCUUUCUCUACUUCGGCUCAUUUCACCAACUAUCACGCCUACUGCUACUGCUACUGCUACUGCCGGUGCUGCUGCUGCUGCUACCUCCAUGGAAGAAGACCAUAGCUUCUUCUUGCUUCUCUUCUUGUAAGUCUUGGGAAGUGAGGCUUUUUGUAGCUUCUCUUUCUUUUUCUUUCUCUCUUUCUCUCUUUCUUUCCCUCAUUCGCUCAGUUACCAUUUCCAAUUAUUUUACAGAAAAAAAUGUCACUGAAUUUCCCUAUUUUGAUUAUUAUAGUUCUAGUUGUGCUGAGUUGGGUUGGUUUGGGUGAUGAUAAGCAGGCAUUACUAGAAUUUAAAUCUGCCAUCAGUAGUGACCCCUUAGGGCUCACUGCCAAUUGGAAUCCUAAUGAUCCGGACCCUUGUUCUUGGUACGGCGUCACUUGUAACCCUAUUUCUCAUCGAGUUACAGUUCUCAAUCUUUCAGCUAAUAAUAACUCUACGUGUCCUCUGGUUUCUCUUUCUUCAAAUCCAAUAAAUGGUGUAGUAAGCAACUUCACUGUGCUCUUUCCUUGCGUAGGUUUAAAUAGUAAUAAUAGUGUAUCACCAAAAUUAGCUGGCAAUUUGUCACCUUCAAUUGGCCAGCUUUCUGAGCUUACAGUAUUAUCUCUUGGGUUUAAUUUGUUCUCUGGAGACUUACCUCUGGAGAUUGGCCAGCUUUUCUUUCUAGAGGUUCUUGACUUGGGUUUUAAUGCUUUUCACGGUACUAUACCAUCCACUAUACAGAAUUGCACUUCGUUGCGUGUUAUUAAUCUCUCUGGGAAUAGACUCAACGGUACAAUUCCUGAAAUUUUCUCUCAAUUUAAAGGUUUGCAAAUUCUUAUGCUUUCUUUUAAUUUGUUGAGUGGCCCUAUUCCGGAUUAUUUGGGUGAUCAUUGUGGUAGCCUUGAGCAUCUUUUUCUUGAUGGGAAUUCAAUUUCGGGUUUGAUUCCUAGUAAUUUAGGGAAUUGUACAAGACUUCGAUCUUUGAUAUUGUCUUCAAAUUUGCUACAAGAUGAUAUUCCUUCAACAUUUGGGGCAUUAGAAAAUCUUCAAGUGCUUGACUUGUCCAGAAACUUUUUAAGUGGGAUAAUACCGCCUGAGUUGGGCUACUGUAAGCAGUUAAAGCUGCUUGUACUAAAGAAUAACUAUGGUCCACUGUGGUCAACAGAUUUUUCGAGCUCAGCCAUUGAGGAAGAGGAGCGUGGGGAGGGGGAAUUUAACUAUUUUGAUGGAAAAUUGCCUGAUAGUGUCACAAGGCUACCUAAUCUUCGCAUGCUAUGGGCGCCAAACUUGAAUUUUGAUGGUUGUUUUCCGCAGUAUUGGGGGUCAUGUUCUAACAUGGAGAUGCUGAAUUUGGCAGGAAAUUACUUCACUGGGGAAAUUCCCGAGUCCCUUGCUGAUUGUGAGAACUUGUACUUUCUUGAUUUAAGUUCCAAUAACUUGACUGGGUUGCUUCCUCAAGCACUUCCUGUUCCAUGUAUGGUUGUUUUUAAUGUUAGUCAGAACUCUUUUACUGGGGAUAUCCCGAGAUUUUCAAAAGAUGGUUGUUCCAAGAUGUCUGUUAAUAUGUCCAGCUCAUAUGGUGAUGUUUUUGGUUUCUUCUCUUCUUUCUUUUAUAAACAUACUAUUAUGGGCAUCGCAUCUUUCUCGUCGAAUUCUGGUGGUUUGGCUGUGUUGCAUGAUUUGAGCAAGAACUAUUUCACUGGACAAGUUCCAUCCCUGUUGAUUGCACCAGAAAGUUUUCCUCAUAUGCCUUUAUAUGGUUUUUGGGUGGAUGGGAAUAACCUUGAUGGAAACUUUUCAUCUUACUCCUUUAAUCUGUGUCUUAGUCUGGAUGGCCUGAUAUUUGAUGUUGGUAACAAUAGAAUUGUUGGUCAACUUCCUUUAGCUGUUGGAAGCAGUUGUAAAUGCAUAAAAUAUCUCAGCUUGGAAAGGAAUAAUAUAAUUGGUUCAAUUCCUUAUACUUUUGCUUAUUUAGAUUCCCUAGUUUUUCUCAACCUAAGUAGAAACAGAUUGCAAGGUUCAAUUCCUUCAUACAUUGUUCAGAUGAAAGAAUUGCGGCAUUUAUCCCUCUCCAGCAAUAACUUUACUGGUGCAAUACCUUCUGAGUUAGCUCAACUGCCUGCAUUAGAGGUGUUGGAACUUUCUUCCAAUUCUCUUUCAGGAGAGAUACCACCUGAUUUUGUGAAACUUCAACAUCUGAAUGUUCUGCGCUUAGAUCAUAACCACUUCUCUGGAAAGAUACCAUCAAGUUUUGGUAAUAAAACUUCACUCUCAGUAUUUGAUGUGUCUUUCAACAACUUGUCUGGAUCUGUCCCUUUGAAUUCAAGUUUAAUUACAUGUGAGAAGGUGCAAGGAAAUCCUAACCUUCAGCCAUGUCCAUCAAUCUCUCAAUGGGAGCAAGAGCAUUCUGGUUAUGUUUCCCAACAAGGAGCCAACCCUCCCAGUGCAAGCAUGCAGAGAAAUGAUGGUGCCUUUAGUCCAAUUGUAAUUGCCUCCAUUACAUCAGCCUCUGUCAUUUUCUCUGUUCUAGUAGCCUUAGUUCUCUUCCUUGGAUGCACGAAGAAGUAUGUUUGUAACUCCACAUCUGGCCGAGGGUCUGGCAGGAAAGAAGUUGUAACAUGCAAUGACAUUGGCAUACAGUUGACGUAUGAAAAUGUUGUUAGGGCUACUGGUGGAUUCAGUAUUCAGAAUUGUAUCGGUAGUGGAGGGUUUGGAGCCACAUACAAGGCUGAGAUUGUUCCUGGAGUUGUGGUGGCAGUAAAGCGGCUCUCAGUUGGUAGAUUUCAAGGUGUUCAGCAGUUUGAGGCAGAGAUCAGAACUCUAGGAAGGGUGCAACAUUUGAACCUUGUAAAGCUGAUAGGCUACCAUGUAAGUGAGUCAGAAAUGUUCCUCAUCUACAACUACUUGCCUGGUGGCAAUCUAGAAAGAUUCAUUCAGGAGCGGUCAAGGAGGGCUGUGGAAUGGAACAUGCUUCACAAGAUUGCUCUUGAUAUUGCACGUGCCCUUGCUUAUUUACAUGAUGAGUGUGUUCCUCGAGUGUUACACCGUGAUAUUAAACCAAGCAAUAUAUUGCUGGAUAACAACUUUAAUGCAUAUCUUUCUGAUUUUGGCCUUGCACGACUCUUGGGUACUUCUGAGACACAUGCCACAACUGAUGUUGCUGGGACGUUUGGAUAUGUUGCUCCUGAAUAUGCUAUGACAUGUCGUGUUUCUGAUAAGGCAGAUGUGUAUAGCUAUGGAGUUGUUCUUCUAGAAUUGAUAUCUGACAAAAAGGCUCUGGACCCCUCCUUCUCUUCCUUUGGAAAUGGUUUCAACAUUGUGGCUUGGGCGAGCAUGCUUUUAAGGCAGGGUCAGGCCAGUGAGUUUUUCACGGCUGGCCUAUGGGAUUCUGGGCCCCAUGAUGAUCUAGUUGAGGUACUGCACUUGGGCAUUAUGUGUACAGGUGAAUCGCUUUCAUCCAGACCAUCUAUGAGGCAAGUGGCCCAACGGUUGAAGCGGAUUCAGCCUGCAACAUCUUAACUGAAGCUUUUGACAAUAUACGUUUUGUAAGUUAACACUAAUGAUUGUAUUUUUCCAUUUGUCUUAUUAUUCAUUCUGCAUUACAUUUUUUGUAAAGGAGCCACCAGAUUUAUCCCUGUACAAUAUUAUAGUCAAUAGCUCCUUCAAACCAUAAAACUCUGAUAACUUUUGGAAAUUAUCUUUUUAGUUUA